UCUACUUCUCAGCGCAGCGCACCUGUCACUUACAUUAGCUUCUAGAACAACUUGUUCAAGGAGAACCACAGAAAUAUAAAUAUAAGAAAUAUUCCAAGUCACAAAAGUACAGGAAUGGACAAUAUCAGCAGACUGAUGUUCGCAGUUGUCAUGGCAAUGGCUUACAUGGCGAUGGGAGCCGAGGCACAGAACACCACAAUGGAUCCGAACUCCACAAUGGCAUCCAAUGUAACAACGGCACCUGUUGUCAACACCACCGCCACAGCUCCCACAGUAGAGAUCUUGACGGCGGAAUGUGGAAACUCUCAGCUCUGUGCUUCUGAACCGUCAGAGUGUAAUCCGGCCCUGGCUGGUUCCUGUUUCUUCAUCUCCACCCAGCAGACCUCGGGACAGAAUAUCUCCUUCCAGCUACGAGGAGUGUCCAGCGGCUACAUCGCUGUAGGCUUGUCCACAGACAACAAACAGGGAGGGAACGACACCACCUAUGUGUGUGCAAACAACAACGGCAAAGUGAAGUUCUUCACCGCUCUCCUCGACAACACAGUUCUGACCAUCAUCAGCACACUGCCUGUGAACUCUGUGAAGGGCUCAGUCAACGGUCAGAUCAUCCAGUGCACCUUCUCUGCUACUGUCCCCAAAGCUACUGUCACCCGGAGCCCCAACACCAGCUUCUACCUCUCCAUCUCCAACGGGACUUUUAUGAACGAUACCCUAGGUUCUCCUAAGAAUUUUCUGUUCAGUAAAGAAGCUGUGGACCUGGCCGACCCCAACGCUAAAGUGACCAACUCUUUAAACUCUGCUCCCUCCGGCCACGCCUUCGGCCUGUCUCAAGCUCUUCUGAUCCUGCUAGGUGUGAUGAUGCUGUAAUGCAGGUCUGAAGGUGAAGCACCAUGCACUCAGGAAUCCUGUCUCCUUACCUUUACUCACCUUGGCCAGGCUGCAUCCUAAAUGGCACCCUAUUCCCUAAAUACUACUGUACUUUCACUAUGUAGGAAAUAGGGUGCCAUUUUGGAGUCACUCUGGUACCAGAACAAAGGACCAUGACAGAUCUGAAGUUAUAUGCUUAUAAAUCCAGUCAUAUUUUUUUUACAUACUUAAUGAAACACCUUCUAGUUGGGGGUAGUAAGACAUUAACGAACAGAAUGGACACAGUGAUAAUAGGCCAAGUACUAACAUAUUCAACGUCAAUUCCACGUUCAACCAGUGUGUGCCCAGUGGGCCAUAGAUGAAGUCACAAGGGCUGCGUUUAGACAGGCAGACAAUUUCUGAUCUCUUUUUAUCUGAUCUUUUUUCAGAGCUUAUCUGAUUGGUCAAAAGACCAAUUAGUUUAAAAAACACAGAAUUUGGCUGCCUGUCUAAACGCAGCAAAGGUGGCAGAAAUGGGAAUUUGUGGGUUUAUAUUGUGUGUAUAUAUUGUGCGUGUGUGUGAAGGCGUGCAUAAUGACGAAGCCACCGGAUGGUGAACUGUUCUUCCUGAUUACCUUUUUAAAUUAUAUACAAUCAUGGAAAUAUUUUAUCAGACCAUUUAUAAAAUAAAAAAUGUUAUUUACAAUAAAAUGUAUGUUUGAAUAUCU